AUGGAGAACAACACGUCCACCGGGAACUGUACCGACCCCCAGAUGUCCUUCCAGUCCACCCUUUACGCUGCCACCUACACCAUCAUUUUCAUCCCCGGCCUCCUGGCCAACAGCGCUGCCCUCUGGGUCCUGUGCCGCUUCAUCAGCAAGAAGAGCAAAGCCGUCAUCUUCAUGAUCAACCUGGCCAUGGCUGACCUGGCCCACGUCCUCUCGCUGCCACUGCGGAUGUACUACUACAUCAACCACACCUGGCCUUUUGGGAGUUUUCUUUGCCAGGUUUGCUUCUACCUGAAGUAUCUCAACAUGUAUGCCAGCAUCUGCUUCCUCACCUGCAUCAGCAUCCAGCGGUACCUCUUCCUCCUCCAUCCCUUCAAAGCCAAGGGCUGGAAGCGGCGGUACGAUGCGGCCAUCAGCGCGGCUGUCUGGCUCUUUGUGGGGGCAGCGUGCUUGCCCCUGCUCGUGGUGAGGAGCCCAGCCUUGUCCAACAGCACCAACACCUGCUUCUCCGACCUGGGGGUGAAGCAGCUGAGCCCGGGAGCCUCCAUCGCGCUGGUGACGGUGGCAGAACUCUUUGGGUUUGUCAUCCCCUUCGGCAUCAUCGCCUGCUGCACCUGGAAGAUGCGGCAGUCGCUGCGGGAUUGUCCGACGCAGCUGCAGAACACCAGCGAGAAGCAGAAAGCUUUGCGCAUGGUCUUGAUGUGCGCAGCCGUCUUCUUCAUCUGCUUCACCCCCUACCACAUCAACUUCCCCUUCUUCAUGAUGGUGAUCGAGAACAUCAUCCAGGACUGCGCCGUCCACCGGAGCGCGCUCCGCUUCCACCCCGUCUCCCUCUGCCUGGCCAGCCUCAACUGCUGCCUGGAUCCCGUCCUCUACUACUUCAUGACCUCCGAGUUCCAGGACCAGCUGCUGGGCCACAGCUGGUCUGCCCUUCGGGCUCGCUUCAUGCGCCGGGGCAGCAGCUUCUCCAUCAGCGAAACCGGCCACAACAUCCGUAUGAAGAGGAGAAAUUUUCCACGCUUGAAGUUUUGGUCUCUUCCCAAGUUCUUUGGCCGGAUAAACAGCAUGGAAAUCCCCCCCAUGCCACCCGAUGAGCUGCUGCUGGAGUCCAUCUCGUGA